AUGACAAGUCUGGAAAAGGUAGUGAGAAAAACACCUAUAUGGAGUGACCAUCAAGACAAGACGUUUGAAAAUCCAGCCAGAACGCGUAAAUAUUCAUCCCAAUUUAACUCAUUAUAUACGUAUCGUUCAAAUGAACUCAAAUCUAGGGUGUUGAAGUUGGCCAAUCCAAAAUGGAAAGAUGUCGAUGUUAAUGGUGAAAAGCCUAAGUUCAUUCCCAAAGUCUUGGAUGUUCCUUUUCUUAAGCCUGUAUAUAUAAUUGGUACCACUUUGGCAGAUAUGAAAUAUAAACCCAAUGUCUUAAAAGAAGUUGAGCUUAGUGUGCAGGGACAUUUCCAAGAAUUGAAUCAAAUAAAGGGGAAUACAAAGACACAUAAAAGUGGGAUAGAAUCCAUGAGAAGAGCUUCUUACAGUGAUCCCAAAACCGAUAAACUAUGGCUGGAAGAUGAAAGUGGGCGUAUUCUUUUAACUGGCGACUUACUUAAUGAGAAAAUCAUUGUCACCGGCUUGGUGAUUGGUGUCUUGGGUAUUGAAGUUGAGUCUGGGAUUUUCCAUGUUGUCGAUAUUGUUUACCCAGAAGCUGCUGAACAGAAGCCCAUUCCUGCUGCGUUGAACCAAGAUGGUAAAUUGCUUCUAUGUAGCGGACUCAAUAUUAGUCACCAAAGCUCAUUGGAUAAGUACGAAAUUCUGAAGAGCUGGAUUUUUGGUGAUUUGGGGGAUCAGAGAGCACAAACAGUAAAUGAGAUGAUACUCGUUGGUAAUUCGGUUGACGUAUCUCAAGUUGAACAUAAGGCCAAAACCGGUAAGGAUAAAUAUACCGAUGAUUAUGGCGCCCAAUUUAGUAAAUUUUCAGUUGAAUAUUUGGAUUCUUUCAUUGAUGAAUUAACACAUAGUGUGCCCGUAUGCAUUGUCCCUGGUCCUGGCGAUAUAGUUGAGUUAGGUUUACCAAAACCGCCAUUGCACAAAUCAUUUUUUAAUAAAUCAUCCCGAAAGGGCAAUUUCAAAAGACUUACAGAUCCUGUCUUCCAUGAAGUCAAUGGAUUGAGAAUACUAAUAUCUUCCGGUGAGACAAUUAAUGAUAUCAUGAAAUAUAUCAUUCCAAACAUCAAUGACAGUGAGGACAUCAUUGACGAAUCAGUUUGCAAUGAUUCUAGGCUUCGAGUCAUCGAGGAUUCUUUACUGUGGCAGAUAGUUGCACCAACUGCCCCUGAUACUCUAUGUUGUUAUCCAUUUGAGGAUAAAGACCCUUUCACUCUUGUUGAGACUCCACAUGUGUAUAUUGUGGGCAACCAACCCAAAUUUGAAACAUCGAUGGUAGAACUAAAGCGGAAAAAUGGGGAUGUAAUGCCUGUUCGGAUCAUCUCAGUACCAGCAUUUGACGAAUCACGUACUUGUGUUCUAUUGGAUUUAAAAACUCUUGCGUGUGAACUACUGAAGGUAGAUAUAUAA